GACCCGACCCGGAAAAGAUAAAGCUGAUUCAGAUUGCGGAGAGGAUUAACGGAGGAAGGAUAAAAAAAACUUCUUUCUCAUCUCAAAUCUUCCAUCGCAUUUCCGAUUCUGAUCAUCGGGAACGUCCCAUUUUCCGUAGAUUCUACUCUCCACAGAAGCACCCAGAAACAAAGCGUUACUCUUUUUGGCUUCUCUAAACCUCCAUUCAUCGAAAAUGGCUGCCAAUGACUCUCUAGAUCAGUUCUUGGUUGCCGCCAUUGAUGCCGCUCAAAAAGCUGGACAGGUCAUUCGUAAAGGGUUUUACGAGACCAAACAUGUUGAACACAAAGGCCAGGUGGAUUUGGUGACGGAGACUGAUAAAGGAUGUGAAGAACUCGUGUUUAACCAUCUCAAGCAGCUUUUUCCCAGUCACAAGUUCAUAGGAGAAGAAACUACAGCUGCAAACGGUGUGACAGAAUUAACAGACGAACCAACUUGGAUUGUUGAUCCUCUUGACGGAACCACAAAUUUCGUUCACGGGUUCCCUUUUGUGUGUGUUUCCAUUGGCCUUACGAUUGGGAAAGUCCCUGUGGUUGGGGUCGUUUAUAAUCCUAUUAUGGAUGAGUUAUUCACCGGUGUCCAAGGGAAAGGAGCCUUCUUGAAUGGAAAACCGAUUAAAGUGUCAGCUCAGAGCGAACUUGUAACCGCUUUGCUCCUAACAGAGGCGGGCACUAAACGAGACAGAGCUACAUUAGAUGAUACAACCAACAGAAUUAACAGUUUGUUAACCAAGGUUAGGUCCCUUAGGAUGAGCGGCUCGUGCGCACUGGACCUCUGUGGCGUUGCGUGUGGAAGGGUUGAUAUCUUCUAUGAAAUCGGUUUCGGUGGUCCAUGGGACAUUGCAGCUGGAAUUGUGAUCGUCAGAGAAGCUGGUGGACUUAUUUUUGAUCCAUCCGGUAAAGAUUUGGACAUCACAUCGCAGAGAAUUGCGGCGUCAAACGCUUCUCUCAAGGAGUUGUUCGUGGAUGCGUUGCGGCUUACAAAGGCAUGAAGUCAUCUAUUUUGUUGUGGUCACACUUCAUGAACCCAUUCAAAACCAAUAUACACUUUCUAUGAUUAGUGUGACAAAUAAAAUAUUUUGUAUUUCUCUAGAGCAAUAGACAAGGAACUGCAGUUUUUUUU